ACGUAGGCGCACGCGCAAAUCCGUCCUCCGUCAGCUCCAAGAUGCCUCACUCCCCUCCGAAGGAGCGAACCACUGUCGGGACGCGGGGGGAGAAAACAAACCCGUCGCGGCGCAGCUAGGAGCAGCUACGUCCAACAAACCAAAACGGUUCGGGACAUGGUCUCUCAGCUUGACAGAGUCCAAAGCGCCCUAGACCCAAUCCUCCUCCGCCUUUACGCCAACAACUCCCCCCGCCUCCCCGCAUGAGCCGCCCCGGAAGCCCUAACCCGGAAGCAGCUGCGCAGCCGCAGUGGGAGCGGGGCAGCAUGGCGUCCCAGGCGAAGAAGCGUGCCCUGGGCAGCCGGCACCCGCGGGCACCGGGAGCUCGGGCCGGGGAGGGGCGCGAGGAGACGCCGGAGGACACCGACGAGAGCUGCGAAGAGAGCGGCGGCAGUGACGAGGAGGACGAGGAAGACGAGCUCGUCAACCAGGAGGUGAACAUUGAAUUUGAAGCUCAUUCUAUCUCGAGUAAUGACUUUGAUGGAAUAAAGAAAUUACUGCAACAGCUCUUCCUCAAGGCUGCCGUGAAUGUCGGGGAGCUCACCAAUCUCCUAAUACAGCAGAACCACAUUGGCAGCGUCAUCAAGCAAACAGAUGUUCCAGAAGAAAGCGAUGAAGAGGAUGCUGAAGAAGAGGAAAUUUUCGGUUUCAUAAGCCUCUUGAAUUUAACCGAAAGAAAGGGUACCGAAUGUGCCGAACAAAUUAAGGAGUUGAUUCUGAGCGUCUGUGAGAAGAACUGUGAGCAGAGUGUGGUCGAACAGCUGGAUAAGCUCUUAAAUGAUGCUACCAAGCCUGUGGGCUUCCUGCUGAGUGAGAGAUUCAUUAAUGUCCCGCCCCAGAUCGCUCUGCCCAUGCACCAGCAGCUGCAGAAGGAGCUCACGGAGGCCCAGCAGGCCAACCAGCCUUGUGGGAAAUGCUACUACUAUCUCCUGAUCAGCAAGACAUUCCAAGAGGUCUCUAAUUCCAGGAAAAAGGGUAACGUGCCCCGGAAAGAAGAGCUCAUGUUCGCCAAUGCAGAGGAGGAGUUCUUCUAUGAGAAAGCCCUUCUGAAAUUCACCUACUGCGUGCAGGAGGAGAGCGGCCUGGCGCUGGGGGGCAGCUGGUCUUUUGACGACUCACCCAUGAGGCCCCUGAGGACGGUCAUGGUGAUUCCGGCCAGCAGGAUGGGCUCGGUUAUGGAGGCGCUCCGCGAGUACCUGUCUAUCUAGGCACGUCUGCCACCCACGAGGGGCUCGCUUCCUGAUGGACCUGCUGGAGAUUGAAGGUUUUUGAGAACCCAUAUAUAACAGGUGCUGGUUGGUUCCGGCACCAUGGCCUUAAUAUUUGGGUUUUACAAAUCUCCUUUUUUCUUUUUGGUCAAAUGUACCCUGGGCUUGUGUAACAUUCAUUAAAAGCUCAUUCCUUACUCCAAAAGAAAUAA